CCUCGGCGGCGCCCGGCACAGCGCGCGGGCGAUCGGCUUGGCGUUGGAGCGCCAGGCCGGCCAUGGCCACCACCAGCACCACGGGCUCCACCCUGCUGCAGCCCCUCAGCAACGCUGUGCAGCUGCCCAUCGACCAGGUGAAGACCAGGGGCUUAAACUUGGGUCCUUGUGUAUGGUAACAUGAGUGCUCUACCAUGUAUGCUGCCACUCAGCACCUGAUUUUUCAUAUCUUAAAUGGAACUAAGUAACUGAAAAUUAAAUGUAGUCCUGUGGGCUUGCUCCGGGUCCCCCAUCUCCCUGGCCACUGGUGGCGAAGUUUGUUUAAGGUUCGAAGAGCUGGACUCAGCAUAAGAACAAACCAUAUAGUUAUACAUUGGAUGGUACUAAGAGGUGCUAGUGGCAGUGUGCCUGUUGCCUAUACCCCAUAAUAGUGCUGUGUGCCUUCUGCUCCUGUGUUACUCUAAGGUCAACUUUGUAGUGUGCCAACUCUUUGCCUUGCUAGCAGCCGUUUGGUUUCGGACUUAUCUGCGGUCAAGCAAAACUAGUUCAUUUAUAAGACAUGUUGUUGCUACACUUUUGGGCCUUUAUCUUGCACUUUUUUGCUUUGGAUGGUACCCUUGUGCAUGGUAACAUUUGUACUCUGCCAGGUAUGCCUUACAUUUUCUUGUUCAGAGUGGGAUUUCCUACUGUAUCAUGAUUAUAAUAGGAGUGGAGAACAUGCACAAAUACUGUUUUGUGUUUGCAUUGGGAUACCUUACAGUGUGCCAAAUUACUAGAGUCUAUAUCUUUGAUUAUGGACAAUAUUCUGCUGACUUUUCAGGCCCAAUGAUGAUAAUUACCCAGAAGAUCACUAGUUUGGCUUAUGAAAUUCAUGAUGGCAUGUUUCGAAAGGAUGAAGAACUGACUCCAUCACAGAGAGAUUUAGCUGUAAGGCGCAUGCCAAGCCUACUGGAGUAUUUAAGUUACAACUGCAACUUCAUGGGUAUCCUGGCAGGCCCACUGUGCUCUUACAAAGACUACAUUACUUUCAUUGAAGGCAGAUCAUACCACAUGACACAAUCAGGUGAAAAUGGAAAAGAAGAAGUGCAGUAUGAAAGAACAGAGCCGUCUCCAAAUGUUGCAGUUAUUCAGAAGCUUUUAAUCUGUGGGAUUUCCUUAUUAUUCCACUUGACCAUCUCUAAAACAUUACCUGUGGAGUACAACAUUGAUGAGCAUUUUCAGGCUACAGCAUCAUGGCCAACAAAGGCUAUCUAUCUGUAUGUCUCUCUUUUGGCUGCUAGACCCAAAUACUAUUUUGCAUGGACAUUAGCUGACGCUAUUAAUAAUGCUGCAGGCUUUGGUUUCAGAGGAUACGACAGAAAUGGAGAAGCUCGUUGGGACUUAAUUUCUAAUUUGAGAAUUCAGAAAAUAGAGAUGUCAACAAGCUUCAAGAUGUUUCUUGAUAAUUGGAAUAUUCAAACAGCUCUUUGGCUCAAAAGGGUGUGUUAUGAACGAGCUUCCUUAAGUCCAACUAUCCAGACAUUCAUUCUUUCUGCCAUCUGGCAUGGAGUAUACCCAGGGUACUACUUGACAUUUCUGACAGGAGUGGUCAUGACAUUAGCAGCACGAGCUAUGAGAAACAAUUUUAGACAUUAUUUCAUUGAACCUCUCUACCUUAAAUCAUUGUAUGAUGUUAUAACAUGGAUAGUAACUCAAAUAGCAAUAAGUUACACAGUUGUGCCAUUUGUACUUCUUUCUAUAAAACCAUCACUCAUGUUUUAUAGCUCCUGGUAUUAUUGCCUUCACAUUAUUGGUAUCUUAGUAUUAUUGUUGUUGCCGCUGAAAAAAACUCAAAGAGGAAUGAAUACACAAGAAAAUGCUCAGCUGUUCCGGUCUAAAAAAUUUGAUGAAAAAGAAAUCUCUUUGGGACAGAAUAGUUUUUCUACAACAAACAGUGUUUGCAAUCAGAAUCAAGAAAAAGCCUUUAGACAUUCAUCAUUAAAGCAAUGAUGAGAAAACA